AUGAAAAAGGAAAAAAAAUAAUUUAAUAUAGAAAAUUUGGAAAAGAAAAGUGAAUUUUAAUUAUAGCAAUAAAUUAAUAAUUCUAAUGACAGACUAUUGAUAAAAUACAAAAAACAAUUAAGGGAUUUUGAUUAACAAUCAUAAAUAAUGAUUAUUUUAUAGUUCUUGUCAAGCCUCAUAUAAAGUAUACUACAGAAGUUGCUACGUAAACUAACAUUAAGACUCACAUAGAGUAAAAAGCUUUAAGAAAUUUCAAGUUUACUAAAGCUCACUCCGAAUCAAGUGUGGAUUAGGAUAAUGUGGUAUUAAUCUCUGUCAUUUUAUCGUAACAUGUAGGGAUGAUGAUAGAGGAAUAUAAAUAAUUGCUUUAUGAAUUUAGGGAAAAGAGUAUUAGAGAUACCAAGAGUUUGUGUGCAAAUAAGUAAAGCAAAAAUUUAUUCAUUUUUUAAAGGAUCUCAGUUUAGAACUAAAAAAGAUUAUUAAAGAUCAUAUUAUUGAUUCCGGAAGCACGCCAUUUUGUAAUUGCUCAGAUUCAUCCUGCCUUUGAUACUGAAGCUAUAUAAAUAAUUUAUAGUUUUGUUUCUUAUUGA